UAGUUAUGCAUUCAAAGCGAGUUUUGCUUGUUGGCCUGGGAAAUUAUAUACAUACCAAUACCCGACAUAAUGUGGGCAUGAUGAUGCUCGACCAUGUCGCUUCAAAGCUGAAUCUUACCUGGACACUUCAUCGAGCUUGGAAAGCCCACAUGGCACAGACACAAUUGACGAUUCAAGUAACCAAGAAUAAGGAAAGCCAUUACGAAGAUAUUUCCUUAAUAUUGUUAAAGCCUCGAUUGUUGAUGAAUGUCUGUGGUCCCAGCGUUGCUAAAGCAGUGCGGGAAUUAUCGAUUCCAGCAUCAGAGAUCUAUGUUUUCCACGAUGAUAUGGAACGGGUCCUGGGUAAACUGUCGAUCAAAACCGGUGGAUCAGCAAAUGGACACAACGGCGUCAAAUCCGUCAUUCAGUCUUUACGAACCAAUGAAUUCAAAAGAGUACGGAUAGGUAUUGGUCGUCCACCGACCGAUGCUGGGAACCGAUCCCCAGAUAUUGUAGCUGAUUAUGUACUCAGCAAGUUCACGCCAUCUGAAAUGGACACAUUAAUGCAUCAAGUGUAUCCACUCAUGGAUAUUGGCCCCGGUUUAGGACUCGAGACACUGUGUGGUCGAGGAGAGCUAUGGCAAAUGCCCAAACCGGCCAAGCCAAAGAAAGUGGUUGCACAGAAACCUGUAUCCCCUACUCCACCAGAACAGCAAGUAACAUCUUCUGCAUAAAAUAAUCCACUCCCACCCUACUCAUCCACCUACACCCACCCACAUUACUCUCUGCAUUUCACUAUAGACCGCAUCUAUAUCUCUCUAGAAAUUUCCAUGGUAUAAAACACAUGCCACACUAUAAACUUUAUUAGUUUAAGCAUUUA